AUGAAGUUGUGGAUAGGAGACGAGACGGGGCAGCUCAAGGGUGUGAGUGUGGAGGAAAAGAAGAUCGAAAGCAGAUACCUCACACUAGCACGCGACAACGAGAUUGCGUUCAUGUCAUUUGGCCCUGGUUCCACUGAUGUAAUUAGAAGCGAAAAUAUACUUUGCGGGUUAAAACACGCAGGGAAAGUGAACGUACAUUCACACGAGGAUGGAGAAAUUUUAAAGACGUUUACAGCACCUCCUGGGGAGAUGGUGGGUAUGAGCGUGUUAGACGGAGAUAGUGAUGAUACGAGCAAGUGCAGAGUUAUGAUAGCAUGCAAAGAGAGCGAUACAAAGGGCUGUGUGCAGUACAUAAACUGGGACGAUAGUAAGGUUGUAUACGAGCGGGCAUUUGAGGAGAACCUAGGAUGUGUGCGUGUAUCGAACGAGAAUACUAAUAUAUAUGCAACCGGGGGAAAGGAUAAUAAUUUGAAGAUAUAUAAUAUAAAUAAGGAACAAGCUAUAUUUAAGGCUAAGAAUUUGCCGAAUGAUAUGACGGAUCUGCAAGUGCCUGUGUGGAUUAGGGACAUAAGUUUUGUGCCAGGAAGUGAUGCGACGAAAGUUGUGGCCGGCACUGGUCACUAUGAGAUCCAAUACUACGAUACAAAAGUGAAGAAACGGCCCGUCCUCCACCAGACUGUCAGUGAGCAUCCUAUUAUGUCGGUGGCUGUCACCAGCGAUGCAAAGAGUGUUGUCUUCGGUACGGCAGCAGGGGAGACCAAACGGCUUUCGCUCGAGAGUGGAGAAGUACUCAACGCUUACAAAGGCGCGUCUGGGUCAGUGCGUUGCGUUCAGGUGCAUCCAGCGCUGCCCUAUGUGGCUUCGUGCGGGCUGGACAGAUACGCUAAAGUACAUCACAUAGAGACGGGGAGAUUGGUCGCUAAGGUCUACAUGAAGACCAAACUAAACGCACUCCUGUUCUACGGCGAAGAGAAGCGGGAAGAAAAGGGAAAUUCGGAGAAGGCAAACAAGCGGGUGCGUAGCACUGGGGAUGGAGACAAUGAAGGUAGCUCUGCCGAUGAGGAGACCGACGUCUGGGAUGAACUCGAGGAAGUGGUGGAGAAAGACGACGAUGAUCUCGGCAAGACAGCCAGUCCCAAGCCCAAGAAAAAGGCCAAAAAAAAUUAA